AUGAGUAAUUCACUGGAAGAGCGCCUCCGUGCCAAUUCAAGUGCCUUUGAUGGUUUAUUGGCUCUAAUUCCUGCGAAGUACUAUUAUGACGAAAAAAGUCAAGAGCAAUGGAAGGCCAAGAAGAAAACCAAAGAACAGAGUAAAAACGAUAAACUGAAGAAACUAGACCCAGAGCAACGUGACGACGAAACGUCUAGUACGUUAGAAGUUAUGAAAAAGAAGGAGAAAGAUGCCAAGCCAGUGGUUUUACCUGGUGAAAAAUUCAAGCAAAUGAAAAUGCAAAAACAAAAGAAAGCGAUAGUAAAAGGGGAAAGAGACUCCGACCUGAAGCCGGUACAAGAUGGUCCUAUGAUGAUAGCACCAGAUGAAGAAGAGGAGGAGGAGGAAGAUAUUAAAGUGAUCUUCGAUGACGAAGGAAACGAAAUACCAUUAGAAUCUAAGAAAGAUACUACAGAAGCCGAUAAGGGUGUUGAAAAGAAAUCUAAUACAGAGGAAGAAAAACUGCAAAGGAAGAAAAACUUGGAGGCGUUACGUUCUAAGUUACAAGCGAGAAUCACAGAUAUGAAGACUAAAAGGAAAGCGCCAGGUUCUAGGGAGGCUAUUCUUGCUCAAAGAAAACGCAAGGAAGAGUUGAAGAAAAGAAAGCGUCUGGAAACCGAACAGGAUCAGGAUCAGGACGAAAAUGGGUCUGAUUCCGAUGUGGACGAUGUUGAUAGUGAUUUAGAAAACAAUCCGAAGAAAAAAUUCAAGAAGGCCAAGAAGGAUUCAGAAAUUAACGCAGAUGGUGUAAUUUUUCAAAAUAUCAUAUUUGAUGAUGGUGCGAAGGCCACGUCAGAUCUACAAAGGUUAAGAAAAGCUGGUAGAACGAAAGGUCCGGCUAAGAAUGAUGUAAAAUCACAUUUAAAGCUAUUAGAAGCCAAGAAGAAUAAGAUGGACGCUAAGGAUGAACUAGAACAAAUCAAGCUAAAGGAAAAAGAAAAAUGGCAAAAGGCUAUGUUGCAAGCAGAAGGGAUUAAGAUAAGAGAUGACGAAAAACUACUUCGCAAGGCUAUAAAGAGAAAGGAAGCUCAAAAGAGAAAGUCCGCCAUUGAAUGGAGCGAACGUAAGAGGGUUGUAGAAGAUACGAUAUCAGAAAGACAAAAGAGAAGAGAAGAGAACCUGAGGAUUAGGAAAGACAACAAGGGUAAAAAGAGAAAUAAGCAAGAAAAGAUGAAAAGAAAAUAUGUCGGUAGUGCUGUACCAAAAAAAAGAGCCGGAUUUGAGGGUAGAUUGAAAACAGGUAAUAAAAGAGGAGGACCUAAAUAA